CGAAAGGUUUAUUCUGAAGAAUAAGUUAUUUCCUAAGUAAAUAUACCCAAAUGGUCUGGCAAAAUACCCCUGGAAAGAAAUGAAAGAAACUGGUUAUUUUGCUUGAAAAAAUGGUUGGUUUCCGUGUAUCAGAAAUUAAGUGUUCAGUUAGGAUUCUCUCCUGACGGCAGGAAAGCAACUUCAGAAUGAUAGUGUUAGGGGAAAAUAGUGGCUGUUCAGUUGAUCUUUGGUUAUCUGGUAUAACAAGCCUUUGUUGCUAUUGUCAUUUAUCCUGAUAGAUUUAAUUAAGACACUGUUCAGUCGACGUUCGGUUUCCUAGUAUGAUGAUAAUAAUUUUUCUCAUUUAUUAUCGGAAAAUAAUUUUCCAAGAUAAAUUAUUCCCCCUUUCACCUGCGUGCCGCUUUCCUCUGUUUCAGAUUGACGUACAGCUCUAUAUUUUGUCAUUCCUCUCCCCUCACGAUCUGUGUCAGUUGGGAAGUACAAGUCAUUACUGGAACGAAACCGUUCGAGAUCCCAUUCUGUGGAGGUACUUUCUGUUGCGGGACCUUCCUUCGUGGUCUUCCGUUGACUGGAAGUCUCUUCCAGAUCUGGACAUCUUAAAAAAGCCUAUGUCUGAAGUCACUGAUGGUGCAUUUUUUGACUACAUGGCGGUCUAUAAAAUGUGCUGUCCAUACACAAGAAGAUCCUCGAAAGCUAGCCGUCCUAUGUAUGGAGCAGUGACCUCAUUUUUACACUCAUUGAUCAUUCAGAAUGAACCCCGAUUUGCUAUGUUUGGACCAGGUUUGGAAGAACUGAAUACAUCUUUGGUGUUGAGCUUGAUGUCUUCUGAGGAACUUUGCCCAACAGCUGGUUUGCCUCAGAGGCAAAUUGAUGGUAUUGGAUCAGGGGUCAAUUUUCAGUUGAGCAACCAACAUAAGUUCAACAUCCUGAUAUUAUAUUCAACUACCAGAAAGGAAAGAGAUAGAGCAAGAGAAGAGCAUACAAGUGCAGUUAACAAGAUGUUCAGUUUACAGAAUGAAGGGGAUGAUCAACAAGGAAGCCGCUACAGUGUAAUUCCACAAAUUCAGAAGGUGUGUGAAGUUGUUGAUGGGUUCAUCUAUGUUGCAAAUGCUGAAGCUCAGAAAAGACAUGAAUGGCAAGAUGAAUUUUCUCGUAUUAUGGCAAUGACAGACCCAGCCUUUGGAUCUUCAGGAAGACCAAUGCUGGUUUUAUCUUGUAUUUCUCAGGCAAAUGUGAAAAGAAUGCCCUGUUUUUAUGUGGCACAUGAGCUGGGUCUGAAUCAUUUAAACCACCCAUGGAUGGUAAGAUCCUAUCUUCUCUGGUCCAGGAUACAGAGGCUGAAACUCUAAAGGGUUUUUUGAAUGGCAUUCAGUGGAUUCUUGAAGAAGUAGAAUCUAAACAUGCAAGAUGAUCCUUGUUUUAGACCUUGGGAACUGGAACCAUUUGAAACUUGCUGUUGAGGUCAUGAUGUGAAUAUUUCCUCAGUCAGCUCAUUUUGUCCUACCUUUCUGCAGAUGGACUUUAUAUUGGACAGCUGUAGCUGCUGUGUUUUUUAAUAUAAUUUUUGCCUUUUACCUUAAAUCAAUUAUAAGAAAAAGUUUCAGUGCAAGCAUUUAGCCCCAAAAUAAACCUUUUAAGAUUUUUUUUUGAUAAUUUUUAUACUUUCCGUCUUUUUAAAAAUAUUAAAUUCUGGAAAAAA